GAUAUGAGAUUUCAAACUGAUAAUUAUUUUCCUUACAUUUGUUUUAAUCAUGAACAGAUACGGGAGAGUGCCACGGGAGGGUAUCUUUUGACUGAGAGGAGUAACUUUGCUAGAGUUUCAGAAAAGAUAUUAGGAGUUGAUAGAAACGUACUUGAUAAAUUAAUGAGUGAUGCAAAGAUUGGUCGUAGAAGCGAAUUGAGUAGUGAGAGCGAGAAAAAUUGUAUGGAGGUUAUAUCUCUGUUAGAUCAUGUUUCCUGUAAGGUUCCUGGCUCGAUUUCUCAACGUCGUUUUCAACGAAAUGAAAUCAAGUCUAUGAUUAUUGCGUACAACGUGCCUAUGUUCUUUAUAACUUUCGCACCAGCAGAUCAUAAGAAUCCUUUAUGUUUGUAUUAUUGUGGUUUGGACAUCGAUCUUCUGAGUAAUAUACCCGAUAUCCCUUCUUAUAUAGAGCGUAUGAAUGCAGUUGCUGAGAAUCCUGUUGCAUGCGCUCGGUUUUUUGACCUACUGGUGAAGACUUUUAUAAAGUGUAUCUUGCGAUGGGAGGAUAAGCAAGGUAGAGAUGGCCUGUUUGGUCAAACUUUGGCGUAUUACGGUACAGUGGAA